AUUAAUCUCAUUUUUACUCCAAAGUCCAAAAGAGAGGUUCAUUAUUUUCUAUCGUCGAUCUGUCGCUCUGCCCUUUCUUCUUCCCCAUCUAGAUUUUUCCGUCCAGCCUCGGGACUAUGAAGAGUGCACUCAACACUCACGACCGGCGACGAUACGUGUCUUGGUUUCUGCCUUGUGGUUGGGGGCUUUGUUUUCCGAUCUCUGCAUAUGCAUCAACACAAUUCAUGAAGGGUUAUCACCGAGAAUCAUCUGCGAGCCUCAGACGUCGUUUUCCAACCAACGUGCACCGUGUAAUUGUAUGCAAAUUUAGCCUAUGCCAUAUCGAUUGUGGUUUCUCUUCUCUUUUUUUGGAAAAUAGCCUCGGUAUUAGUUUGGAUGAGGACAUUGUGACUAAAACUUCUGUUAUGAUCCUUACUUUCAUCAUAGGGUGAUGGUUGCUACUCAAAAAAGGUUAGAGGUUAUUGGGUUUUUGCUGGGUCAUUGUCAAAGGGGUUUUGGUUAUAUUUCUUUUAUUUUUCCUAAUUGGGACUCUUCCACAUUAUCUCUUUCCCAAUAUCGAUGCUUUAGGCUAAUGUUGCAGAACUUCAAGGUUUUUUGGUUUUAGGAAGAAAGGUUGAAGAACUACAACGCACACAAGAGGGUUAUUUGUGAUGCUUACUCUUGUUCUCUGUGCACAAUUUGGUGAUAAGACCGGAUUUCAUCACACACACCUGCCUCUAGAAAAGUAUACAAAAAAGUAAGGUGUGCAUUUAUGUACUUCUUUUUCAAUUGGCUAUAUGCUAUCUUUAAUUGUAUUUCUAUGUUGAUACAGUCAAGAAAAUGGCACUCAGAGAGUUAGUUGUUGGAUCACAUUUGAGGAUGUUGUUCAUACUAGUUGCUGGUAAACUAGUCUUUUUUGGCAAUGGUUGUUUGGAAUGGCCUUAAUUCAUGCUACUAUAUAUAGCAGGUUUUUUCCAAGACUUUUGCGUAUAUUUUUUUGCCUAACUUUGGAGUAUAGUUGUGAAGAUUAGAACAUGUUACUACAGCUGUAAUUGCCAAGGACUUCGCAUAUGUUUUUGGCCUAUCUCUGGAGUAGGCAAGAGAAGGUUAUAAGAGCUGCACUUUGCUUAAAUUGAAUUGAAUUUCAUAGAACACAUUAGCUGAUUAGUGCAAUAUCUGUGACACUUCAGGGAUUUUCCUUAGUGGAGUAAAACUAAUGCUGUACAUCUAGGACGAAAAUCCAGCCACCUUGCAAACCAUCAUCAGAUCUAUCUGAAGAUGAAUGGAUAAUAGAUAGAGGAUCAUAAGAAGAGGGGGGAGAAGAAAACUGGCAUGCCAAGAAAGAGAAUAAAAGAAGAAAUCAAAAGAAAUUGAUAAACUCUUUGCACUAUUUAGUAAUAGUUUCAUAUCUUAAAGCUAAGAUGAUCUAAGAAAAUAGUACUCAGUAUGAUCUAGGGGCCUUGCUUCUUGAUUUUUAGAGCGUAUGAUAUUUACUUAUGGGUAGUUGAGAUGUUUUGUUCUCCUCAAAUUUGGAUUUUAUAGCCUUGGAUACAAUCAGAGUUUAGAAUGGCUUGGUUUUCUAAUUCUGAGUGUGUUCUAGUGUUUAGUUUUAACAGUUUAGUUAUUUGGAAUUGCCUGACUGGUUCUCCAAAGUCAUUUGAUUAUUUGUUCAUGGUACUCAUUGAGUUGUUCCUUGAGUUAGGUGGGGAGUCACAUAUCUUCUCAAGGAGCUGCUACGUGUACUUCACCAGUGUUUAGUCUCCUAAACUCUAAUCAUGAAAGAGUGCAUUUUGCUCAACUCACACUGCUUGCAAUCAAGAUUUUCACGACCACUUUAGCUGAAUUUUUGGUAUGCCCAAGAUGAACAACAGACAUCUCUGUUUCUCUUUUGAACCGGUACCUUUGUGCAUUUGGAUAUUGCGAAGUUCAUGUUUUGGCCCUCACUAGUAGUACACAUUCUACCAUGUACUCAUUUUUCUCUCUUUACCCUUUAAUAAAACUACUUUUUGUAA